AUUUUUAAUUUCACUGGGAUUUUAACCUAAGUAAAUUAUUAAGGUAUAAGGUAUUUUCUCUGUAUUAGUCCAGGGUUAACAGAGCAUAUGUUAUCUAUCAGUAUCAUAUUUCACCCCAGUAGCAAAAGAAAAAAAUGGCAGGAGAAAAAUGAAAUAUAAACAUGAGAAAAUAAAGAUUUGUGGGUCUGCAGAGACCACAUUUACCACAACAUCAAAGAAAGCACGCUUGUUUUGCAUUGACUUGACUAACACACUGCAAAGAUUAUAAAAACAAUAACUUAUAUAUUAUAACUUAGCCUAUUGCUAAUCGAUUUGUUUAGAGAAAAUGCUAAAUGCUCUACCUCAUUGCUCUCAUUUCUCAUGUCGUCCAACUGCCCCACAGCGAAAGAUGGCAGUAAGCAUGCGGCACUAUACAGCAUUAUAGAAGAAGAACGCGUUUAAAUCGAAUCCGCCCCCUGCCGUCACAUGAUCGUUAGUUGUCCUGGAAACGCAUUGAAAUCAGGCGCGGUUCGGCCAAUCACAUUGCAAAUGAUUUUCGAACGCAGCGAAUCAAGUUCGAAAGAGCGACGAUUUAAACCGAAGGGCAGAAACAGUGUUACAUCGUGUUCGCUUGAGCGGAAUCAAACAGUUUGUUCAUCGAUUUACAGCCACAAGCCUCUGAAAAUAAUGGCUCUCCGUGUUACUAGAAACACUCGCCUGGCCAGCAGCGAGAAUCAGAACGCUCUGCCUGGGAAAGCAGUUGUAGCGAACAAGCCCGCACUGAGACCAAGGGCCGCGCUGGGGGAGAUCGGCAACAACCCGCAGGCACGACAGGCUUUGAGGAAAAAGGAUGUGAAGGCUGCACCCGUUCCAGAGGUCGUAGCCGAGAAGUUGCCUGCGGUUCAACAGCCCAAAAAGGGAUCUCCAAAAGUUCAGAAGGAUGACGUUCAGAUUUUGUCUGAGCCCUCCUCUCCUGUUCCCAUGGAGACCUCCGGCUGUGCUUCAGAUGAUCUGUGUCAGGCUUUCUCUGACGUUCUGCUUAAUAUUAAGGAUGUGGAUGCAGAUGACUAUGAUAAUCCCAUGCUCUGCAGUGAAUAUGUCAAGGAUAUCUAUCAGUAUCUCUGCCAGCUUGAGACUGCGCAAGCUGUUAAGCAAAGAUAUCUGGAAGGGGGCGAGGUUACAGGAAAUAUGCGUGCCAUUCUUAUUGACUGGCUCGUCCAAGUCCAGAUUAAGUUUAGGCUUCUGCAGGAGACCAUGUACAUGACUGUCGCCAUCAUCGAUCGCUUCCUGCAGGAUAAUGUAGUUCCAAAGAAGCAACUGCAGCUUGUUGGUGUAACAGCCAUGUUCAUUGCUUCCAAGUAUGAGGAGAUGUACCCACCAGAGAUUGCAGACUUUGCCUUUGUGACUGACCGUGCCUACACCACUUCUCAGAUCCGUGAGAUGGAGAUGAAGAUCCUGAGGGUUCUUGACUUCAAUUUUGGAAGACCUCUGCCCCUGCAGUUCCUCAGGAGAGCUUCAAAGAUUGGAGAUGUGACAGCGGAGCAUCACACAUUGGCGAAGUACUUCCUGGAGCUUACCAUGAUUGACUAUGACAUGGUCCACUUUCCUCCUUCCCAAGUGGCUAGUGCAGCUUAUGCCCUGACUCUGAAGGUGUUCAACUGUGGAGAAUGGACCCCUACUCUUCAGCAUUACAUGGGCUACACUGAAGAUGCGUUGGUUCCUGUGAUGAGACAUAUUGCAAAGAAUGUUGUGCGGGUCAAUGAGGGGCUUUCAAAGCAUCUGGCUGUGAAGAACAAAUACUCCAGUCAGAAGCAGAUGAGAAUUGCCUCAAUUUCUCAUCUUAAAUCAUCCUUUAUCAAAGAGCUGGCCCAGCAAAUCUCUUAGUGUGGGAUUAUUUUGAAGAGAUUUAAGCACUAUGUGCUGCGUUGUAAAAAUUGUAACUUAUGCAAGCUUUUACUGUUGCAAGUUUUAAUGUUUCACAAAUGUUUUAGUUUUUUUUUUUCUGCACUGCCAUGGUCUUGAGCAAAAGUGAUCUUUAAUGUCUUUAUGCAACCUUGUACAUUUUUAACUUCAAAUAAACCUUUUAAAGUUUUA